UCCGACGCGCGACGACGGGCCGCCGGGAGGUCGCCGAGACCCGGCCCCCGGUCGGGCAUGAGCAGCGCUUCGUUCGUCGUCCUUUCGGGCUUCGGGCUCGCGGCUUCCGACUUCACGACGGGAAUGCACAUGUCCUCGAGACCCUGGAUCGCGUCGGCCUCGAGCCAGAGCAUCUCUCUCCGGCGCGAUCGGCUCCGUCCGCGCCGUCUCUCAGGUCUCCGUGACCCUCCACAACAGGGGCACCGACAAGAGCUGGUAGACUCGGCCAUCUUGAAUUCAAAGGGAUGGCAGCAGUAUCUGCUUCAACCCUCCAGAAAGAUGAACUUCAUAAUAUUUUCUGUCGUGCUCGAGAAAUAUGUGGUGAGCGGGCAAUGGAAAUAUGAGAGCAUGGAAAGGACUCGGAGAAGGGGGAAGGCCCCAUACGGGCUGCAGAGGGUAACUUGACUCAGUCGUUGGUUCCUACGCAUCUGAUCGAAAGAUAGAUUGUUUGCAUCAAAUUGGCCGAAUGAUGGGAGGUGCUGACCAUUCUGGUCAUCAGCAUUGAAAUUGGUCGAAACUUGGGAAGGAAGCAAGGGACUUGAUGGAUGUAAUCAUUUGAUUCUAGUCAUCCCUCUACUGUUUCUAAGGUCAAGAAAACUCGUUUGACAAUGAACCAGCUUGGGUAUCCUGCUUUCUGUCACCUCUCUUUGUAGCUGCAUUCUGUGGUAUCACUUGGCUUGGCUUGGCUUGGCUUGGUUGAAACAAAAAAUGGCUGGACAUAAUAAUGAUUGAUGAGGUUUCUCGUGUAAACAUGAAGCACCUGUUUGAAAUCAACAGUCUCAAUUCCCUCGAGUACUCUUGUCGUACAGAGCUGACCAGCUCACUACGUGGAGACUCCGUUCGUCCCUCCUUGGCGUUGGGGUCGCGCUCGGCAGCUGGUCUUCCUCAAGCAGGCCGGGCAGAUGGUCAGCGUGGUCGCCAUCGGCUCCGGCGAUCCGAGC